UUCAUUUAAUUAAUAAAACAGAACAAGGCAAGGGUUUUGAAGAGGUUUUAAGCACAUCAGAGAAUUUUCAAACAUUCGAUUCAAUCUUUGAAACGCAAUGUCGACGCCGCCGAACCCAUCGGAAAACCCCAAAUCCGAUGCCAAACCAUCAGAUCCUCUUCGCGAUCAACCACCACCGGAGUCUCCCGAACCAGAAACCGCCGCCGAAGGCGAGGAAGAGGAAGAAGAAGGAGAAUGCGGAUUCUGCCUAUUCAUGAAAGGAGGCGGUUGCAAAGACACGUUCAUCAAUUGGGAAGAUUGCGUGAAAGAAGCUGAAGACAAAAAUGAAGAUCUUGUUGAAAAGUGCGCUGAGGUUACUGCAAAAUUGAAGCAGUGUAUGGAUGAACAUUCGGAUUAUUAUGAACCGAUUCUUAGGGCGGAGAAGCACGCUGAAGAACAGGUUACUAUUGAAUUGGAGAAAGAAAAGCAGGAUUUGGCGGCCGCCGCCGCCGAGAAUCAGCAGGAAGCCCCUUCAAAUCAAAAAGACCGUGAGUUGGAGUCAACGUCAAUUUCAACGCCCUCAAAGCAAGCCGAAAAGGAGCAACCAGCUCCGGAGGCUCCGAAGGCAGAAAACAAAGAGGAGGAGGGGGAUUGCGGGUUCUGCCUGUUCAUUAAAGGAGACAGUUGCAGAGACACCUUGGUUGAAUGGGAGAAUUGUGUGAAAGAGGCGAAGGAGAAGAAAGAAGACCUCGCUGAAAAGUGCUCUGGGGUGACUACUCGUUUGUUGCAGUGUAUGGAUUCCAAUUCCGAUUACUGCAAACCCAUCAUCAAGACCGAGAAGCGCGUCGAAGAGCAAGCCCCUUCUCAUUCUAAUCAAAUCGACCGUGAGUUGGAGGCUCCGAAAGCAGAAAACGGAGAGGAGGAAGAAGGUGAGUGUGGGUUCUGCGUGUUCAUGAAAGGAGGCGGUUGCAGAGACACCUUCGUCGAUUGGGAGAACUGCAUGGAUGAGGCAGAGAAGAACAAAGAGGACGUCGUUGAAAAGUGCUCUCAGGUCACUGAUCUUUUGAAACAGUGUAUGGAUUCUCAUUCCGAUUACUACGGACCUAUCCUCAUGGCAGAGAAGCACAUUGAAGAACAAGCUGCCAUCGACUUGGAGAAAGAAAAGCUAGAUUCAGUAACCAGUAACAAAUAACAGGAGGCCCCUGCUCAUUCUAAUCAGAAGUGAUACUUAAUUCCAUGCUUUUUUUUUUCUAAUUUAUUUAUUUAUUGCUAUUCUAGUAUCACCUUAUUAUAGCAUUCAUGAGCCACCUAUUCCAAUUCAUAACACCUAUUUAAAAUUUGUUACUGACAUAACUUUGUAUGAGAGAAAGAGAGCCUGCGGAGUCUCAUUUUUUGUCACAUAAGUGGAAUUUCAGAUAUUUUCUUA